UCAAAUUUUCUGUCUGGCGUACAGUCACCGCCUGACGCACAGUCACAUCGCCUUACCAUUAAUUUAAGCAGGCAGGCGCCAGGCACGGAACGAAAGGCCCAGUGCUUCGAUUUUCUGUACUACUUAUGAUCAGAUAAACACUCGAUGUCGGCUCUGUCUGUCUGAUGCUCACUUCACAAUAUUGGCUAACUUGGUUGUUGGCAGUUUAUUAGUCUCAAAUCUAUUUGUCUGUAUUAAAAUUUUCAUGUGGCAAACGCGAGAGUCGGGGCGACAUCGGGAUAGGCAAUUUCACCGGAACAGUUACGUAUCGGGACAGCGGAGAAGCAUGGGCAGCUUCACACAGCAUUUAUGAUAAGGAUGUUCAGUAUGUAGGAGUUCAUGGAAUACACUAAAGAAACAAAGACAUCCACAGUUCGUGGAACAUUCUGAAUUAAGACAGAGAAUAUAGAAUCAUGAAGGCAGACAGGGAUGCUGGCACUCACAAAAUCUUCACUCCCUGGCGACUGGACCAGUACAGCUCCUCAGCCCCGGACAAACCUGAUGUCACAGAGGAGAACAGUUAUGAAGGUCAAGAUCAUGUGAGUCAGAAUAAGUGUGAAAGCAAGAUUGAAAAUAAACCUUUGUUCAGUCCAUGGGCUCAAGAAAAGUACAACAAUCUUACCAUUAAUCAGAGCUUACUAAGCAGUGCCCAAAGCUCAGAUGGAUCUGGUGACAACUGUGAUAAAGUCUCAUCAAAGGGGGAGAACUCUACUUGUGAUGGACCUACUGGUGAAAGUGAUAAAGACAUUAUUACGAGGGUGCAGCAAGAUGUCAGAGAAUCAGACAUAAAGACAGAUAAAUCCUUUCAAAAUGGAAAAGAAUUCAAAAGUAGUACUUCUAGUGAUACAUACAGGAAAGAACAGCAAAAUGACAUUCAAAAUAGGGUUCAAGGUCAUAAGGAAAUGGCCUUGAACUCUGGGAAAGUUUGUUCAUUGUGGAAUUACAAAAGCAUGAGUGAAAAUGCUUUAUGUUCAUCAACAAGUCAGGGUCAUGAAUCAGACAGACUUAUUCACCAUAGGGACCCUAGUGCUACAAAUAUCUUUUCCAGAAAGUCAAGAAAGUGUUCUGUGGAAUCAUCAGAUUCAAGUACAGAAAACAAGGAGAACUUCACAUCCAACUCCCAGGUCAUUGAUCUCAAAGAUAAAAGCCCCCAGCGGAGUUUUAACAAUGGUGAGGAUUCUAAGACAGAUACGUUCGAGUCCCAGACUAAAUUGUCUCAAGUAUCACAUGUAUUACAUAACUCUAUGGAGAACUUAAUGCAGUAUGCUGAGGUGUUGUAUAAAUGUAAACUGUGCACAACACUGCCCUCUAUACUGACGUCACGCGACAGCUUCCUGUCACAUGUUAGUGAAGAGCACCUGCCCAACAAUGACCAGCUCAAGGAGUGUAGACAUUGUUGUCUGCGGUUUGGUACUGUGGAGGACCUUCGCACUCAUGUAUCCUCGGAACAUACUAAUACAUACAAUGAAAAUGAAAAACCACAAGAUAAAAUCAGUAAAAAAUGCCAAAAGAUUCCAAAUCGGAUACCCCCAGCGUUUAAGUCCAGAUCUCAUGAUAAUUUCAAAAGUCAAAAGAGGUCACCAACUUUUUUGAGGUCAGAUUCAGAUGACUUGGAAAUAGGGAGUCAGAAGUUGGUCGAAGAUGUUAAUGUAACCGAUGACCAAGAAACGGCGCCCCAUCCACCGAAAUUGGUGAUUACCCAUGGAGUGGAGCGCAGUGUACAUCUGGCUCCAACCCAAAACAUGACACACCUCCAGAAGCUUACUGAUCAGAUCCUCGCCUCAAACAAACCAGACAAGGACGGUUCACAGCGUCUCAGUCCACUUACGAACCCCAUCAUAAUGGCGCCCUGCUACACAGCUGAAUUCGGCCAGUUCACAAAGCUAGUCAGAGAGGGAGGCAACAUUGUUUAUUUCUGUCAACUGUGCAAUUGGAAGUCACAGGUAAAAAUGCAAUUCCAAACCCAUUGUUCAAGCUCAAGUCACACAAGCAAGUUGAAGGCUGCAGACCACACCGAACCUGAUGAUCAGCCAGUAGUAGCCAUGUCAACAGACAAUAACGGUCAAAGUUUGAAGCCGGAAAAGAAGUCAACUGAGUAUAAAGAACCUGUUGGAUGGACACCAAGGGGACACCUGUCCUUUCUUACUGAAACUUCUGGGUUUCAUAUAGGAAAUUCACUGACUAAGAUGGACAAAGAAUAUGGCAAUUCAAAAGGAAAUAAAAAUAAUCAGGUGUCCAUAACAAAUGAAGAAAAACAGAAAGACAAAAUGUAUUCAAUGAACAAAAUACAGGAUGCAAAAUUUGAGAAAAAAACUGAUGAUAAGAUGGAAGUGUUAGAGGAGGAUGAGAGCGGCGAGAAGGAAGGGAUGGUUGAUGACAAGGCAGACAAAGAAGAUGAUAAGGAUCCAAAGGAGGACAAAGAGAUGGUGAGGGUAAAACAAAACAAAAGAAAGCGAGCAGCCUCAGUUGUGUUAAGAAACCAGGCAGAUUGUGAGGAGGGCUGGGGUUCAGAUGAGUGCGACAAUGACAGUGAUGUCUCGGGAAGCCCUGGCAGGUCUGGGAAUGGUGGCAAAAGACGACUCCUAGGAAAAACCAGAGGCUUAGGUGGAGGACGACAUUGCCCUCAUAGUUCAAGGAGGGAAGGUGACCAGUCUUUCCCUGGAGGUCAAGCAAAGGAAGGGGGUCAAGGAAAGGAAGGGGAAGGGUUUUACCCUCGAGGAUCAUCAUGGGUGAGAAGGGAUGAGUCAUGGAGUCCACACACUGACGACAGGUCAGUGCCAUGUGCUAGGUCUCCCAAACCCUUGGGACCAGGUUCCCGCCCAACCGCUCCCCCUGUGGUGAAUAUGUACCCAGAUCAUGCCCAACCCCUAAAGUAUGCCCCAGGGGUACGGGAAGAAGAGAUGGAAAAAACAGCUUCAAUGAUACGUCAGUACUUUGAAUCACAGCUCGGCUUUAGGGGACUUGACCAGCCAAUCAAAUGUCCCACAGCUACGGACUGGCCAAUACCACCACAGACAUCCAAUAGGAAUGGGGAACACAGCUCCUCUGCUCUGGGGUCUGCCUACUGUUCGCGGGACCCAGUGUAUAUGUACAACUGUUCACUGUGUGAUUUUGGCUGUGCAGAUAUGUCAGAGUACAGACUACAUUUUGAUACUGAGCAUGGGCAGGUUCCUGACCUUGACUCGGGAGAUGCAGUGUCUGAUGGACGUGGGGAAUCAUGGAAGAUGUGGAAGAUAAAAGAAAUAUUACCAGAUUUGAUCUGUGUAUACCCACGAGGUAAUGUGUCGCGUGACUUGCUCCUCCAGAAGAUCAGUGUCAUUCUAAGUCUACCCGAGGCCACACAGUGGGGACCUGCAUGUAACAAAGCUGUCAGGGAACAGUUCCCCCACAGUCUGGCCCAGCGAAAGGGGAAGUACAAAAAGACCUUCUUCUUCGGUGUGGCCCUCAAUGAGCAUGUGCAGGAGCAGGAGGAAGUGAGCGAUAGUGAGUGUGUGACGUACCAACCACUGCGGGACAUGUCACAGGACAUGGAGAAAAUCCUCGGCCAUCUUCACUCACUAGUACAAUGGACAGGAGAUCUGGAGUCUGGGGUGUCACGAGACGAGAUACUGGAGUUAUUGAAGGGUCGUAUUGAAGAACCGGAUGUACAGCACUGGGGUGUGCAAUGUAACCGUGCCAUCCGCGUCCUCUUUCCAAAUGUGGAAAUGAAGCGCAAAGGAAAAUACAAAACUACAGUGUUCUUUGGGGUGGACUUCAGGCAAGACGUACACAAACAGGCAUUUCUACCCAACAAAAGAGGAAGGCCUCGCAAGUUUCCUUACUUUGAUCCAGCACAGCAGCUGGACCAGCCAAGCAUGACGUGGUUAGAGGCACUGAGGUCAAGUCAGGAGGAGCUGUAUCAAGAUGGCAGUUCAGAAGGGCCACGACCAGAUAGAGGCGCCACCAUUACCAGGGGAUGGGGACCCGGUUUAGGGGACAAGGACUAUGAUAAAGACAAAACAACAUCUGUUGACAGGUCUGAUGAUGGAGAGUGGCCAUCUGCUGACAAGUUUGGAGAGUAUUCCCCAUUUCUUCGCUACCGAAAACAAGACGAGCGCGGAGGACUUGAUUUAAGCCUUGGUGACAAACAUGAAUAUUCAUCACAGAGAACAAAACAUGAUUCAUUCCUGUCACUAUGUGAUCAGCCCAGUCCAUGGAGUGUUCCUCCUGUAGUUGAUAACCUCCACAAGUCAAGGGUGUUUGGAGGCGAGCUCAGGGACGGUCUUAUUCGCUCCCUGCUACAGCCUCUACCCCCCUCCUCUCUCCCACCUCCCUGUCACUUAGAUCCUGCUCUUCUCUGUCGUUUCCGAACAUGGCAACGCUCGCCAAGUGAGAAUGGGGAGGAGCCUGGAGAAGAUGAGGAGGAAAAUAAUGCUGCAGAUGGCGAUGACGAGGAUAGCAAUGCAUCUAUGUCUAGUCUAGUUGAAAGUAGGUCGCAGAGACAUGAGAGAUCACAGAGGUUAAAACACAGAAGUGGUGGGAAAAGACUAGAGAAAUCAGAUCAUAAUAAGAUAAAACCUGGUGAUAACUGUAAUGUUCAGGAAAAUACAGAACAGUCUAAGGGAGAUAAUCUAGUGUCAACAUCGCAAGUUCAGGACAAUAAUCUGCAUACCGACCAAGAAAAGGAAAAAGGCAAAAAUUCCACCAGGGAGAAGUCAUCAAAUCUACAGAAUGCAACUGUUACCAGUUUACAAAGCAUUGGAGAUUCCAGUUUUCUGGAUACUACAAACACACUUGAAGGCAGCUCCACUGCUUUUUGCACAGGUGAUAUGGAUUGUUCUAGACAGAAUGUUGAGGAAGGCAACACAAUAGAUUAGGUCGGACAAAUCUAACAGGAUUUUAUAGAAAUCCAGAAAGGCACAAUAUUUCAUAGCUUAAUAAGGUGAUUUCUUAAAUUUCUGAUAUCUUCAUAUCUUGAAUGAUACAUUGUUGUGUAGAUAAACAGUUCACAUUCACAUUUGCUCAUUUUUUUUGAAAGUCAAAUAAAUUUUGAAAUCAUUUAAAAAAGAAAUAUUGUAUUAAUUUCAAGUAGAAAUUUCCUCUGUUUGAAAAGAACUUGCAGAUUUCAAUUAAAAGUGAUUUCUGAAGGCAAACAAUAUAUUUACCAUAACUAAGGUAUGAAACAAACAAAUCCAUGAGUUUUGAUUUUAAGCAAUCAUAUCUUGACAAACUUUAUCAAAAUUUUAACGAGAGCUAUUUAAGUUAGUUUAAACAUAUUUUAUU